AAAUAGUUCGCUCGUUGUCCACUACUUGCAAUAAGAAUCAUCUCCCGCAAUCGUAUAUCUUGUUAUUUCAAAUAUCAUCAUGGCUACCACUAACGGAAGCAGCGAAACGGGCACCACAUCAUUCCCCGGCCAGGAUUGGACAGUUCCUCUGUGGUUAGAUGGCAAACAAGUCACCACCGAGCAUACCUUCGAUCUUGUGGCACCAGCAACAGGCAAUACGCUAUACAAGACUUCUUCCGCCAAUGUAAACGACUGCAAUGCUGCUGUAGCGGCAGCGGAAAAGGCUUUCCCCGCAUGGAGCAAGACCAAGCCUUCAUUUCGAAGAGAAUUGCUCUUGAAAGCCGCCGAUGAGCUCGUUCGCAGGAGAGAGGAACUGUGGCAAUUCGCCAACAAGGAAGUCGCUUCGACUGAGAACUACUUUGCUUUUGACUUCAACGACGCCGUGGAGUCUCUGAGGAGUACUGCUGGUCUGAUCGGUGGUGCCGCCCAGGGUUUUCUUCCUGAUAUUCUGUCCGAGGACAGGAGUGCCAUGGUCGUCAAGGAGCCAUUUGGAGUCGUUUUAGCCAUUGCACCAUGGAAUUGCCCUUGUAUCCUGGGCUUGCGCUCUUUUCUGGGGCCACUUGCUAUGGGGAACACGGUCGUCGUUAAAGCAUCUGAAAAGGGCCCCGGCAGCAUGUGGGCUUUGGUCGACAUCUUCCACAAGGUUGGUCUGCCGGCGGGCUGCCUCAACACCAUCACACAUCACCGGGGAGACGGGCCUGAGAUUGUCACCACGCUCGUGAGCCACCCCACAGUGCGAAAAAUCAAUUUCACCGGCAGUACAGCUGUAGGCGGGAUUGUUGCGAGUCUUGCUGGAAAGCAUCUCAAGCCAGUAUUGAUGGAAGCCGGUGGAAAAGCGCCAGCGAUUGUAUGCGAAGAUGCCAAUCUCCAGAAUGCCGCCAUCCAAUGUGUCGUCGGAGCAUUUCUCUACUCGGGCCAAAUCUGCAUGUCCACCGAGCGAAUCCUCGUCCACAGCAAAAUCGCCGACCAAUUCCGCCAAAUCCUGCGCGCAACCAUUGACCAAAUUUUCCCCGACCAAAACGGCCUCGUCAUGGUUGACAAAGCGCCCGUGGGCAGAAACGCCAGUUUAUUAUCUGAUGCCGUCUCCAAAGGCGCCAAAGCCAUUUACGGCGACGUCAACGAUAAACGCGAACUGGCCACGGCCAUGCGACCCGUGAUUCUCGAAGAUGUGAAGAAAGAUGCAGAUCUCUACUAUCAAGAAAGUUUCGGCCCGACAGUUUCGUUGUUUGUGGUAGAGAGUGAUGAAGAGGCAAUUCAGAUUGCGAAUGAUACUGAAUAUGGUCUCGCCUCCGCCGUCUUCACCGAAAAUCUCCAACGAGGACUGCGCAUCGCGCGACAAAUUGAAACAGGAGCCGUACACAUUAAUUCCAUGAGCGUCCACGACGAACCCAGUCUGCCGCAUGGUGGAGCGAAGAAGUCUGGGUUUGGAAGAUUUAAUGGUGAGGAGGGUUUGCGGGAAUGGUAUCGGAUGAAGACGAUUACUUGGGCGAAUUAGAUAUGGAAGGGAGAAAGAGGGAAGGGGGAAAAGAGGGGAAUGGAAAUUGGUGGGGAGGUGGAAGGGGUGGCUGAUUUGUAUAUACGUAAGGUCAGGUAGGAGGUAGGUACGCCUGUUGUGGUGGCUUUCGUUGGAGGUGAAGGAAUUGAAAGAUAUAUAAAUGUAUAUACCUGAUGUUCGGAUAUUGAAAAUUCUUU